CGUCUUCGUCUCUCAGAUCUACCAAAUAAUCAAUCACUAUCUUCUUCAUAUUCAUUUUCCCCAACUUUCUAUUUCUUUGACGAAACUUAAACUCUUAUCUCCUGUACUUCUCAAAUCACUCUUCAAUGGCGGUUUCUUCUCCUUCGUCGUCGUCUAUCUGUUUCAACACUACUCGAUUGCCUUCAUCUCGACCGAUUUCUUCUCCGUCGCGUCUCUUCCCAGUCACCAGCAUCUCCCCUCGCUCUCUACUUCUCAACGAUAGACGAUCGCUCUUAUCUUCCUCUGGUUCUCGCCUCCGAUUCUCUGCUCUCUGCGUACGUGAUUCUAAAGCAGCUGAAGUUACAGAAAGGUCGUGGGAAAGCUCGGUCCUGAAAAGCGAAACGCCGGUGCUAGUCGAAUUCUACACGAGCUGGUGCGGUCCAUGCAGGAUGGUCCACAGGAUAAUAGACGAAAUUGCUGGGGGCUAUGCUGGGAAACUAAACUGCUACGUCCUGAACGCAGACAGUGACCCGUUGGUAGCUGAAGAGUAUGAGAUUAAGGCUGUACCAGUAGUUAUGCUCUUCAAGAACGGGGAGAAACGAGAGUCCAUCGUGGGUACAAUGCCCAAAGAGUUCUACAUUUCCGCCAUUGAAAGAGUCUUGAACUCGUGAAGAAGGUAACAUCACUAUUGAUGAGAACUCUCUCAGUAGUACUUUGAUCAAGAUAUUGUUGGGAGAUUUAAAACACGCUUCACUGAGACAUAAGGAAGACUCUGAACCUCUUAUGUUUUCUUUCUUUUAGACUCUGUGAAUAUAACUGUUGGAUUUGCGAAAAAAAUGACUCAGGGGUUAUUGUGAAUACAUAUUUCUUCCUUCUUCAGUGAUCUAAGUUUCUUCCGUUUCGAUUUGCAUCUAGAUAACAUGCAGGACAAAAAUAAACGUAUUUUUCGGUUAAUGCCAAAUAAUUUAGACAUAAGUGUGUGAGUUUUGGAUUGGUUUUCCUAUAGUUUAUUUGUUUAUACUUAGUUCUUGAAAACUAAUGAUCGAACUAAUAUGGGUCUGUCUA